GCAAUGCUUAAACUCCUUCCAUUAUGCUUCCUUAUCUUGGCCUUCAGCAUACAACCACUACUAGCAUCUGAACCAGAGCCAGUGCUUGAUAGGCAAGGGAACCCUUUGGAACCAGGAGUAGGGUACUAUGUGUGGCCACUUUGGGCUAACAAUGGAGGCCUAGCACUAGGCGAAACAAUGAACAAAACAUGCCCUCUUGAUGUCACACGUAACCCUUACAUAAUUGGCUUGCCAGUGACGUUCACUGUACCAGGCCUUGACUACAUUCCAACACUCACUGAUCUCACAGUUAAUUUUUCUCUCUUGUCCACUCCUUGCUUUCAGCCAACAGUGUGGAAGAUCAACAAGGUAGGAUCAGGGCUUUGGUUUGUGAGCACUCUUGGGGUAGCUGGAGAUGUCACUAGCAAGUUCAAAAUUGAAAGGCUUGAAGGGGAACAAUCAUGUGAAAUUUAUAGCUUCAAGUACUGCCCCACUGUGCCUGGUACUCUAGGUCUUUGUGCUCCAAUUGGGACCUAUGUAGAUGCUGGUGGAACCAAGGUUAUGGCUAUAGGUGAUGCCAUUGAACCUUACUAUGUGAGGUUUCAAAAGGUUUCCACCUAUCCUAGGGAGAACAACCAAGGUUUUAGCAGUGCUUAUUAG